CCGAGUCUCUGCGAGACUCUCUCUCCAUCUCUCUCUCUCUCUCUCUGAAGAAGAAAGCCCUAACUCGGCAACUGUAUCUUGCGAUCAACUCUGCAGCAGGGUUUUAGAUCAGUUCUAUCUCCGGUGGUCUUAAGCUGCUGAAGUAUCCAUGGAUCAGGCGGAAUUGACCAUAGAUCAGGUCUUGAAAAGGGACAUUCCAUGGGAGGCGUACAUGACAACUAAGCUGAUUUCGGGGACAGGUCUCCAGCUGUUAAGGCGCUAUGAUAAAAAAUCUGAGAGUGCCAGAGCGCAGUUACUGGAUGAAGAUGGUCCAGCUUAUGUUCAUCUGUUUGUUAGCAUUUUGCGCGAUAUAUUCAAAGAAGAAACAGUUGAAUAUGUUUUGGCUUUGAUUUAUGAAAUGCUCUCAGCAAAUCCGAAGCGGGCCCGUUUAUUUCAUGACAAAUCUUUGGAAAAUGAGGAUACUUACGAGCCUUUCUUAAGGCUACUUUGGAAAGGCAAUUGGUUCGUUCAAGAAAAAAGCUGUCAGAUUCUUGCCUGGAUAAUAAGUGCUAGGCCAAAAGCCGAAAAUGGUGUUAUUGCUAAUGGAGAAACUUCAGACUCAAAGAAAUCUAUUACUACAAUUAAUGAUGUACUAAAGGGGUUGGUGGAAUGGCUUUGUGUUCAGUUGAGGCAACCUUCUCAUCCUACUCGUGGUGUUCCUAUUGCAAUAAGCUGCCUGGCAUCCUUGCUCAAGGAACAUGUGGUCAGAUCGUCAUUUGUUCAGGCAGAUGGAGUGAAGUUGCUUGUCCCUUUAAUUUCCCCAGCAUCCACUCAGCAGUCUAUUCAGCUUCUCUAUGAAACGUGUCUGUGCAUCUGGCUUCUUUCCUAUUAUGAGCCUGCAAUCGAGUUCUUGGCGACAUCUAGGACACUGCAAAGGCUCACCGAAGUCGUAAAGAGCUCAACUAAGGAGAAGGUCGUGAGGGUGGUUAUCUUGACUUUUAGGAACUUGCUUCCGAAAGGUACAUUUGGUGCUCAGAUGGUUGAUCUUGGACUCCCACACAUUGUUGCUAGUUUAAAGACACAAGCAUGGAGUGACGAGGAUUUAUUGGAAGCCCUGAAUCAACUCGAGGAAGGCUUGAAAGACAAGAUCCGGAAACUGAGUUCUUUUGACAAGUACAAGCAAGAAGUCCUUCUCGGCCAUCUUGACUGGACCCCGAUGCACAAGGACCUUGCGUUCUGGCGCGAGAAUAUCAUGGGCUUCGAAGAGAAUGACUUCCAAAUUCUCAGGGUCUUGAUCACGAUCCUGGAUUCAUCCAGCGAUCCAAGAUCGCUAGCCGUGGCAUGCUAUGAUCUGUCGCAGUUCAUACAGUACCAUCCGGCUGGCCGAGUCAUAGUGAACGACCUCAAGGCGAAAGAACGAGUGAUGAAACUGAUGAACCACGAGAACUCGGAAGUAACAAAGAACGCUCUCUUGUGCAUCCAGAGGCUUCUCCUCGGGGCAAAGUACGCAAGCUUCUUGCAAGCUUGAUUGAUGCUUUCCUUUCCCAAUCCAUCGUCAUCGUCAUCCAUCACUAUUCACCUCUCCUUGUGGUGGGUCUUUUCGUUUUCUUCCGUUCGAGUGUGCUUAUGUUUCGAAACCUUGGAACUUAGCCAUCCCCUUUUCUAUUAUUCCCGAGAUUCUUCAUGGGAGAUUAUGUUCUUUUUGUACCUUGAGAGCUGUGCUUGAGUUGUAUUUAUUUGUUGAAAAUAAAAGCCUUGACAUUGACUGAUGCUUAUGUUCUUA